AUGUCACGACUAUCCAACAUGCUCGCUGCGUGGUGCGUGCUGCUGCUGGCCAGCUUGGUCUCGGCACAAUCGUCCUCGUCGUCGUCAUCCUCUCUGUUCUCCGACUCGCGCUGCAACUCCAAUCUCUGCCUCAGCGUCAUCUACAGCCCUUCGCAAAAGGUGUACAACAUGACCAUGUCGACCGAUGGCGGUGGAGCUCCCAACGGCUGGUACGCCGUGGGCACAGGCAACAAGAUGAAGGGUUCCAACAUGAUGAUCGGCUGGGUCGACACGACCGGCAACGUCGUCAUGUCGCAACGCACCGCCUCGGGCCACGAUGACCCCGUCACCACCAUCACGGCCGCAGCCGCCACGAUGCAUACCAAACAGUCGUUUUCCAACAGCUCGGGUACCGUCUGGGCAUGGUCGUUCCCGCUCUCGAGCUCCGACUCGACGCCCGGAUCGUCCACCUCGUUUAUCUGGGCCGCCAACAAGAACAACAACCCGGCAUCCAGCACCUCUGCUCAUCUGAAGCAGCACUCGGACUAUGGCACAUUCUCGCUCGAUCUCACCAAGCCCUACACGCCUUCCACCUCGUCGUCCUCGUCGUCCUCUUCGGGCUCGAACACCAACGGCACGCCCCUCACGCCAUCGACGGGCGCCAACAACCAGGCCACGUCGACUCGCGUGCUCAACACGAGCAACAGGCUCAUCAUUGCACACAUGAUCAUGAUGAUUCUGGGAUGGUUCAUCCUCGUGCCCGCGGGCAUCCUGGUGGGCCGAUACGGACGCACCUUGUUCACGUGGUUCCCCGUGCACCGCGGGCUGCAGAUCGCUGCGUUUGUGGUGGUGCUGAUUGCCUUUAUCCUCAUCAUUGUCGAGGUGGGUCGAGGCGGCGAUGGCCACUUUGAGAGCACGCACGCCAAGGCGGGUCUGGCCAUCUUUAUCCUCAUGAUCGUCCAGAUUGUGCUCGGUGCCGUAGGCCACAAGACGAAGCGCUUCAACCCGUCGAGGAUCGUGCAUGUGGUGCUCGGACUCGGCGUGACGGGCGCUGCCAUUUGGAACUCGAGCGAGGGACUCAGCCUGUGGGACUGGGGCGCGCCGCGAUGGGCCAAGUGGAUCCUGUGGAUCUGGGCGGCGGUGCUUGCUGUGGCGUACCUGGCUGGACUGGCGCUGCUGCCUCGCGAUCUGCGACAGUGGCGUCAGUCGCAGCCGGGUGCCGAGGAGAAGCAGACCUACACCGGUCUCGAGCCCUACCACUCGGCCGGUGCCUACGACACUCCGGCCGAUUCGUCGCAGCUCCACCUGUCCGAGCAGCACGCGCUCAAGCAGCAGCAGCCUUACCAAGCCAACGCGCAUCCGGGUUGGGGUGCUCAGCCACUGCAGACCAACAACGCUCAGUAUGGCUACGAGCCGUACGCACAGCCGCAACGUUUCUAG